AUGAAAGAGGGCUGGGCCAAAGACUUACUCACUGUUCAGCAUCCUGAAUGGAAUGCUCGAUCUGCAAGUUUCAGGAGGCGAAGACUCCUUGCUAGAAUGAAGCUUAGUCAUCAAAGAAUUACAGCUUUGGAUUUGCAGGUCAUCACCAGUGAAUUGACCGAAAAUGUCUUGAACUACAGGUUGCAGAACAUUUAUAACGUGGCAAGCUCAGCAAGACAGUUCUUGCUCAAGUUUUCCGUUCCCGACUCCAAGAAAGUGGUAGUUUUGGAUUGUGGUAAUAGAGUGCAUUUGACCGAGUUCGAAAGACCCACAACCGAUGCUCCUUCGAAUUUUGUCACAAAACUUAGAAAGCAUUUGAAAACUAGGAGAUUGUCAUCCUUGAAGCAGAUUGGUAACGAUAGAGUAUUAGUUUUUGAAUUCAGCGAUGGUUUGUACUACUUGGUUUUGGAAUUCUUCAGUGCUGGUAAUAUCUUAUUGUUGGAUCACGAAAACAAGAUCUUAUCUUUGCAAAGAAUGGUCAGUGAUAAAGGCGACAACGACAGAUACGCUGUCGGCGAGACUUACAAAAUGUUCGAUAGAACUUUGUUCACAGAAGAGUUCGUCUACGAAAAACGGACAUACAAUGCUGACGAAAUCAAAGCAUGGAUUUCCACUCAUAAGACUAGAUUGGCAGAUCAGCAAAGUUCUGGUAAAAAAAGCAAGGUCUAUUCAAUCCAUAAGCUUUUAUUUGUCAACGCCAGUCACCUUUCGUCUGAUUUGAUUCAGAAGAACUUGAAUGAAUUCAGGAUUCAAUCUAACAAAAGUGCUCUUGAUUUUGAUCAAGAUACAGAGAAACUCGAAACGAUCAUCAAAGCCCUUCAUAAAUCUGAAGAUGACUACGUCGAAUUGUUGUCUAAUACCCAAACCUUGAGUGGAUGCAUUGUAUCCAAAAAGAAUCCACUUUUCAAGCCUUCAGAGGAAUCAAAUGACAAAUCCACUGACGAUUUGGAAUAUGUUUAUGACGAAUUCCACCCUUUCAAGCCUUAUAAAGAGAACUUGGACAAUUUCAAAUUCACUGAAAUCAGUGGUUACAACAAAACUUUGGAUGCAUUUUUCUCAACGAUCGAAUCCACCAAGUACGCAUUGAAGAUAGAACAACAAAAGCAAAAUGCUCAAAAUAGACUCGAUCAUGCUAGAAACGAAAGAGACAAACAAAUCCUCUCUUUGGUUGCUCAGCAGGAACUCAACUCCAAGAAAGGUGAUGCCAUCAUAUUAUCUGCAGAGUUGGUUACUGCUUGUAUGGAAAUGGUCCAGAAGUUAAUUGAUCAACAAAUGGAUUGGACUAAUAUCGAGAGUUAUCUUAAACUUGAACAAUCCAGAAGAAAUACAACAGCAUUGGCCAUUAAAUUGCCAUUAAAUUUGAAGGAAAACAAGAUUAGUGUCAUCUUACCUGACGUUGAUAGCUUAUAUGAAGAGCCAGAACAGAACGGCUCAUCAGAUGAAUCAAGCUCCGAAUCAGAAUCAGAAUCGGAAUCGGAAUCCGAGUCUGACUCAGAUUCUGACUCAGACUCGGACUCUGAGGUUACCAAACGGAGGGUUAAAAGACAGCAACCCAAGAACUUGGGUAAAAAGAAGGAACAAAAGAAUAGCUUGUCAUGUUGGAUUGAUUUAUCCUUGUCCCCAUACGCAAAUGCCGCAUUGUAUUUUGAUUCCAAGAAGACAGCUGAAAGUAAGCAAGUUAAGGUGGAAAAGAAUACUCAACUUGCCUUGAAAAAUGCCGAAAGAAAGAUCCAGCAAGAUUUGGCAAAGAACUUAAAGCAAGAAAAUGAAACCUUGAAGCACAUCAGACCUAAAUAUUGGUUUGAGAAGUUCUUCUGGUUUGUUUCAAUCGAGGGUUAUUUGUGCUUAGCCGGAAGAGACCCUUCACAGAUAGACAUUAUCUACUACAGACAUUUCAGUGACAAUGAUUUUUUCGUCUCAUCCGAUGUUGAAGGAUCAUUGAAGGUUUUCAUCAAGAAUCCUUACAAAGGUGAACUGGUUCCACCUCGUACCUUGAUGCAAGCAGGUAUGUUUGCUAUGUCUGCUUCAAAUGCAUGGAACAAUAAAAUCACCACUUCCCCUUGGUUUUUGCCUGGGAACUUGAUUUCAAAGAAGGACUUUGAUGGUAGUUUGAUUGCUCCAGGCUCGUUCAACUAUAAGGGCAAGAAGGAGUAUAUGCCUCCAAUGCAGUUGGUCAUGGGCUUUGGACUCUACAUGUUGGGAGACGAGGAAACUACCAAUCGUUACAGAGAGGCUAGAGUCAAGAAACAAGAAGAGCAUGGCUUGAAAGUCGUCAUGGAUAACAAGAAGAAGGAAUUAGAGGACCAGGUAGGUAAAAAGCCCAAGGAUAAGGAACCAUCGCAAGAACCAGAAAAUCCACAACAAUCAGAAAAUGACGUCAAACAAUCUUCAGAGCCCGAAGAUUCUGAAGAUUUGAGAGAAGAUUCCAAGGAGCCAGCUGAACCUGAAGGGAUUGAGAACGCAACCGCAGGUCCUGCCAAAAAGGUUCGUGGUAAGAAAGCCAAAAUGAAGAAAAUUGCAACCAAAUAUGCAGAUCAAGAUGAGGAAGAACGGAAAAUGAGAAUGGACGUUUUGGGAACCUUAAAGCAAGUGGAAGAGGCUAAGAAGCAGAAACAACUUGAGCAAGAAGCCGAAGCUGACAAGCAUAAGAAGAAGUAUCAGGAAUCUGCUGCUGCACAACGGAAGAAGAAGCAGGAUGAGAGGGAGUACCAGAAGUAUAUUUUGGAAGAGAGUAACGAGGACGAAUCUAGUGUAACCAAUUACGUGGAGAUUCUUGACUCCUUCAUUGCCAAACCGCAAAAAGGAGACACCAUUGUCGGGGCCGUUCCGGUUUUUGCACCCUGGGUGUCAAUGAAUAAGCUCAAGUACAAAGUGAAAGUGCAACCCGGGAACGGUAAGAAGGGGAAGUCAAUUAAUGAGAUAUUGCACCAUUUCACCACCCGGAAAUUGGACACCACGGGUACCGAUACGGAAUUAGACUGGCCCGGCGAGAGAGAUAUAAUCAAGUCAGCUAAGCCUAACGAUAUGAUCGCUGCUCUUACUGUCGGCAAGCUCAAAUUGAGCUUAGGUGACACUAAAAAUAACAAGGGUAAGAAGCGCAAUUAA